CGGCCAGCGGCUCCGCGACGGGGAUCCGGGCUGGGCUCAGGGGCCAGGAGCGAGAUAACGAUGUGACUCCUCCGCCGGGGACCCGUGAGCUUUGUGUGGACUCCGAGUUCCACCAGGUGAGAAGAGUGAUGACCAUCCUUUUCCUUACUAUGGUUAUUUCAUACUUCGGUUGCAUGAAGGCUGCCCCCAUGAAGGAAGCAAACGUCCGAGGACAAGGCAGCUUGGCCUACCCAGGUGUGCGGACCCAUGGGACUCUGGAGAGCGUGAAUGGGCCCAAGGCAGGCUCGAGAGGCCUGAAUUCCUUGGCUGACACUUUUGAACACGUGAUAGAAGAGCUGUUGGAUGAGGACCAGAAAGUUCGGCCCAAUGAAGAGAACAAUAAGGACGCGGACUUGUAUACUUCCAGGGUGAUGCUCAGUAGUCAAGUGCCUUUGGAGCCUCCUCUUCUCUUUCUGCUUGAGGAAUACAAAAAUUACCUGGAUGCUGCAAACAUGUCUAUGAGGGUCCGGCGCCACUCUGACCCCGCCCGCCGUGGGGAGCUGAGCGUGUGUGACAGCAUUAGCGAGUGGGUGACAGCAGCGGAUAAAAAGACUGCAGUGGACAUGUCGGGCGGGACGGUCACGGUCCUUGAAAAAGUCCCCGUAUCGAAAGGCCAACUGAAACAGUACUUCUAUGAGACCAAGUGCAAUCCCAUGGGUUACACAAAGGAGGGCUGCAGGGGCAUAGACAAAAGGCAUUGGAACUCCCAGUGCCGAACUACCCAGUCGUACGUGCGGGCCCUGACCAUGGAUAGCAAAAAGAGAAUUGGCUGGCGGUUCAUAAGGAUAGACACUUCCUGUGUAUGUACAUUGACCAUUAAAAGGGGAAGAUAGUGGAUUUAUGUUGUAUAGAUUAUAUUGAGACAAAAAUUAUCUAUUUGUAUAUAUACAUAACAGGGUAAAUUAUUCAGUUAAGAAAAAUAAUUUUAUGAACUGCAUGUAUAAAUGAAGUUUAUACAGUACAGUGGUUCUACAAUCUAUUUAUUGGACCUAUCCAUGACCAGAAGGGAAACAGUCAUUUUGCGCACAACUUUAAAAAGUCUGCAUUACAUUCCUCGAUAAUGUUGUGGUUUGUUGCCGUUGCCAAGAAUUGAAAACGUAAAAAGUUUAAAAAAAAAUAAUAAUAAAUUGCAUGCUGCUUUAAUUGUGAAUUGAUAAUAAACUGUCCUCUUUCAGAAAACAG